CAAGCGUCAGUUAAUCAACGGAAACCAACAAAAACAGUCGGAACGGUGCGAAUGUAAUUGAAUUAUUAGCUUCUGUCAAUAGAAAAUAACUCGAUUAGCCGAUCUAAAAAAAUUAUAACUGGAUAAGUUUUUGUGCUGAUUUAUAUCAAACCUGCAUUGACUAAAAGAAUUAAAAGUGGACAUAACUCAAAAAUGAGGUAGUUGUUGCUUUUUGUGGCGUCAUAUAAUGAUGUUUUAUGAUAAAUUUUCUGUUUUAGAAGAAUCUUGGAGGAAAAUAAUGAUAUAUAUCACUUUGAAGCUAUCAACUUUGUUGCUUUUAUGCUUUAACAUAGUACAGAUUGAUUGUACUGAUUCAAAUGGACAACUUAAUGUAGCUGAUGCCUGGAUUAUAACGCCGACAAAUAUAACACCUACGGAAAUCGCAAUACAUUGGGAAGAUCCCUCAAAUUCAAUUUAUGCGAGCGUUUUCGAUGUUAAUAUAAAUGGGCCGUUGCAACGUUCUAAGGAAACACAAAUAAAUUUUUCGAACCAAACAACGGAAAACCAAUAUCAUUUUAAAAAUUUGGACCCAUGCGGACAAUAUAAAAUUACAUUACAAGCCAUUUCAGAUGACGGAAUAGUUUUAUAUUUGACUACAACAAACUUGCAGACUUUGGAAACACAACCCACUCCUAUUCAAAAUUUUGAAGUAAUUUCCGAAACUCAAGCUUUGAAUAUUUCCUGGAGUCCACCUAAGCUUGCCGAUUUAUGUGUAGUUGAAUAUCGCAUAGCGGGAUGGAUUAAUGAGAACUCUGGCCAACUCUUUUAUAAACAAACAAAUGAAACUACGAUUUAUGUUACUGACCUAUAUGCAUGCCAAACAUAUACAGUUCAAAUAAUUCCAGUUAGCAAUAAUAAUGACGGCGAACCUACAAUUUUAGAAGUCGAAACUAAUGCUAAGGUCGCCAUGGCGAGCAAUAUUCAAGCAUUGGCUCAAUACCCAAACGCACUCGAACUUAGCGCUGUGGAUUCUAACUUUGAUAAUAAGUGUGAGACUAUUAUAGCACGAUUCAUGUGCGAGGAAAGCAAACCAGGGAAUGCUACAUAUAAGGUCGCCAAGCAAUACGUUGAAGGUCAAGUGAAAGGCGUAACUUUCAAAGCGCUAUUGGCUCCUCUUUCCCCAUACACUUCGUAUAGAUGUGGUAUUGCUCUAUUCAAUGUAGCUGGAUGGUCCACGGCAGAAGAGACUAUUUUGUCGACUCUUCCAUAUCACCCUAGUUCACCAGAUAACAUAUUAUUAAAAUCAAGGACCAACGCGUCGCUACAAUUUGAAUGGAGUUUGCCUCAGUAUUCGAAUGGCGUUAUAAAAUUAUACAUUUCAUAUUUUCAAUAUGUAGGACCGGCAUAUUUCGUACCGUCAAGAUGUUCUUUCACAUCUACAGAAGCCAUACCAAGGGAAACAGCCAGCUUGCAGCAGACUUUUCAAAGCUUAUUGGCAUAUUCUUCUUAUAGUAUUCAAGUUGCUGCUCAAAAUGAAUAUGGUGUGGGUUAUUUUAGUCGUCCGCUAGUAGUACAAACGGCGCCAUGGAUUUCAGAUGCUGUUGAACACCUAAACGCUUCUGUAUCCGGCCCUUAUCCUAUAGAGAGUAAAUAUGAAGCUCUUGUUGUUCUAACUUGGCAGAUUCCUUGUAAUACCAAUGGAGAAAUCGAUAACUUUCAUUUAUACAUUUUUGGAUAUCGUGAAGACCAACCACGUCAUGUAUUCAAUCGAUCUGUUCUACCCGUUUACGAUGAUACUGGUUUAGUUACAUAUGAAGAAACAGAUUUAAAGCCUGAUUUCGACUAUACAGUCGAAGUUUCUGUCAAUGUCAAAAAUGUCAGCCAAAGUAGCAUUUCUAAAUCAACGCAUUUCAAGGCACCCUCAGCAAUACCACAGAAGUUAGACGAUUCGCAAAUACACGAAGUUAAAGUGGAUGCAUUUACAUCACGCAAUCCAACGAAAACAGCUGAGGUCAGAUUUCCAGUUGAAAUGUUAAAAACAAAUUUAGGCACAAUAACAUACGUGGCUUUACUGCUAUCUGAAAAGGGAUGUAAUCCAGCCCCCGUUCUAUUAUUCGAUGCGUUGAACACGCCCGAAAGUUGGCCAAAUGUUAUGUCAUGGAGCGAAGCAUAUUCUAAUAGUGAUAAUAAAAAGCAUUGCAUUCCUCAAUACCAAGCCACUGAAGUACGAUGGAAUCCAUUAUUGGGACUAACUGACAACGACAGUCAUAUAAUGUACAUUAUAGGAAACAAAGAUUGUGCUAAAAAUCCACCAGAAGCGUGUUCUAAUGUUAAUGAAUGUAGCACGGAGAAAAUAUAUUGCGACGGACCCUUGAAACCUGCGACUGAGUACUAUUUGGUUAUACGAUUCUUUACUAGAUCAGGUUACAAUGAUGUGGCACUUUUAGAAUUCGUAACUGACUCAGUUUUUCAGUUAACCAUCAUCAUUAUAAGUAUCUGUGGCUGUCUAUUCAUGUCAUUAACGGCGGGAAUUUUAUAUAUUUGGAUUUCAAGACGAUUAUUUUGGCAACAAGAUACCUGCAGAGAAAUUGAGGACUCAUUAGGUGAUGUUGCAGCGAAAACCUUCGCAUUUUAUUAUAAAUUGUUAUCUAAGCCGGAAAAAAUCUUAAGGGAAUUUAAAGAGCUUGCACUUGUAGCUGUCGAUCUAAGCUAUUCGGCAUCAGAAACUGGAUGUAAUAAAAAUCGUUAUACAGAUAUUUUGCCAUAUGAUAAAAAUAGAGUUUUGUUGGACAUUGAUGACGAAGGAUCUGACUACAUUAAUGCGUCAUUCAUUGAUGGUUAUAAGAUAAAAAAGGAAUAUAUUGCAACUCAAGGUCCUAAAUCGGAGACUACUGUGGAUUUUUGGCGUAUGGUCUUACAUUAUAAUGUUCGCAUGGUUGUUAUGCUUACUCAAUUCCAAGAAGGAGCUAAUGUCAAAUGCCACGAAUACUUUCCGUACAAAUCAAAAGGAAUUUCUGUUAUAAUUAAAAAGAAAAUGUGUUACGAAUAUUACGACCGCACGCAGAUGAUGAUCACACAUGAUAGAUAUGGACUUAAGAGAAAAAUUGAGCAUUUUUAUUACAAAAAAUGGCCUGACCACGGAAGUCCAAGCAAUCCGAUGAAUUUAAUAAAUUUCAUACGUAAAAUUAGGAGUUUUCGUUUAUCGAGCUAUUCUCCUAUAAUCGUGCAUUGUAGUGCAGGAGUUGGACGAACUGGCACUUACAUUGCAUUGGAUAUAUUAAUGCAACGUCUGAAGCAUGAGUUAAAAAUUAAUAUUUAUGAAACCGUUAAAAAACUGAGAUUUCAAAGGAUGAAGAUGGUACAAACACUGGACCAAUAUACAUUUUUGUAUGCCGCUGCGUUUGAACUUGUACGCCAUAAAAUGAAUAAUUCUCAUCUUGAGGAAAACUAUUUAAAAGGUUCACUUGCAAAUCCACCAAAUUAUUUAACCGAGACGCUCGAUAUUGGACAGAUCGAAUCAGAAAAACAUUAAAGGGAAAUGUAGACAACAACACACAAAAAACAGUCUUCAAGACCAUGGUUUUUAUAAAAAUGUUUUGUAAUUCUAUUCCGUAAUUCCAUUUCCCGAAUUUAAUAUAAAUAUAAUAUACGUGUAAACAAUCUUAAA